UUAAAGAAAAUUGAGACAAAAGAAAACCACCAAAAAAAAAUAAAAAAUAGACAUGCUUUUGCCUAAACUGCCUCCGCUCCUCUGCCAUAGGGUGGAGGAGAUUCGGAGAAGCAGAAAAAGGGCUGUUGCUGACUCCGGUGAAGAUCUUAUUUCCCAAAAUGAUAAUAGUAAUGAAUCAAAUGGAAGUCAAAAGCUUUCCACUGUACAAACAAAUGAUAGCAACAACAGAGAAAGAAGAAGUCAGAGUUUUGAGUUUGGCAGUGUAGAUGGCCCUCUUAAUUGUCCAAGCUCACCAAGCUUCAGAUUUUACAUUACACCUUUGGUCAAGGAUAAGAAGAAUGAUGAUAAUUGUAAUUGCAAAAAUGAUCUUAAGAAGAAAGAGUCGUUUAGCAAAUCCGAUGGGACGGACGAAUCCCAGACAUCCAGUGAGGAAUCGCCAACGAAGCUGAAAAAUGAAUCAAAAGGGACGAAAAUGUGGUGGCUAGUGCCUUGGGGGAAAUAUGUGAAAAACUUGAUUCAUAUUAAACCAUGUUGCUAAUUGUAUGUUAUGGUAGUCAUCGAGAUUUUUCAUUCAGCAAAGUUAGAUGAUUAUGCUAACAUUAAAGGAGAAAAGAGAGCUUAUUUCUUUCUUUCUCUCUUCUCUUUUUAUUUUAACUAUAUUCCACCGCUCUUAGGAAUAAAUCUCAUAAUUAUUUA